AUGGUGUUCUCGCUCCGGUCAGCUUUGUCUGUUCUGGACCUGGCCAUUGUGAUACCAACCGCACCUAAGGAGACCCUCAGGCGUUGCAAUGUUCGGGACAGUUGGAAGUGGCAGUUGAAAAAAUACGGAAGUGCUGGCAGUAAGAGGUCGAUAAAACUCUAUUUCAUCAUUGGAGAUAGCACUGGGCUCUAUGCUAGCGACAAGAAGACUUUGGAGGAGGAGAAGAAUCAAUACGGUGACAUUCAUGAGCUACAGGGCUUUACAGAUGAGUAUGAUCGUCUCGGGGAGAAGAUGUUGGAAAUCUUCAAAGUGUGUUCUGGUAUAUUUGGAGAGUUGGUCACUCUUCUUGAGGAGAAGGAGGCCUUCGACAUCCCUAGGGUAUAUGCGGGUACGUUCUGGGGUGGUCUGCCUAUCCUUCAGCCGUCUCUAAAGGAGGCUACUGGCAUGGAGAACUACCCUGUGAAUGCCCGAGGAGCUGGGUAUAUUCUCUCACGAGACUUGGUGGACUUGAUGGCGAAUACCCCUGUACCGUUCAAGCACGUCGAAGCGGAGGAUGCUAUGAUUGGCACUUUUCUCGCCCCUUACGAAUACACCCGCAUCGACUUCAACGUAUGCCCCUUGACCCCACAGUGCGGUUGUGCUAUUACCUGCAACACGGACACCCAUGAGACGGCUGAGAGCGUCUAUCAAGUGGACCAUUAUAAUACUCCCGAAACUCUACGAUGGAAGCAAAGACGAUAUGAGCUUUUCGGUGAUUCGUGUUGGCGAGUGGACUAUCCUGCAGAGUCCUCAUGUGGGAGGGCUGUCCUCAGGGCGAACUCGCAUGAAUAUUACUUUGAUGCUGUCACUACUGAUGUUCUUCAUGAGGGCAUCAUCGUACCUGACCAUACGAGUACCAGAGUUGGAGUUUGCCAGACUUCUUUCGAAUGGCAGACCUCUGCUGAUUGGGGUCCAUGCUCCCGAGAAUGUGACGGGGGGAUCCGUACCAGGUUCAACUAG